GCUCGUGGUGGUCGUUCAUACAAAAUAUUGGUGUGCACGAGCGCAGAGGCAAAGCCUGCUGUGUGCUGGACGUUCCACCCGAUUCUACUUUUUUACUUGCAUCGCGGAAAGCAAAAUUAUUUCACUAAAACUGUGCCCAGGGAUCUGCCUCCCUUUCCCGUUUCCGAUCAACAUUUACCAUCGUGUAUUACCCGUGCGACAAGUUGCAUUUCCGCUUCGUUCAUCGUCGGGACGCGUGUGUGACGGAACGGGGUAUCGUAGUAAUUAUACAUUUAUAAUUUCGCGUGGCUAAUUACUCAAGGAUACGCGCGAACGUAAAUACAGAGUGGCUUCAUCGGAUGCGAGACUAUUGUCGAGGCGCUCGAUAAGUGUGGUGCAACAAAAGCAGUCGAGUGCUGCUCUAUUUAUUCUGGAAAUUGACAACGAAAAUUUGUGUGUUUUCGAUAUGGUCCAUCAUUGUUAAUGGAUUAUGGACAAUUAUUUUGGAUUAGUGCAACAUUGAUAAGCAACCGACAUGGAUUAAUCGGUUUUAUUUAAGUUAGUAUUGGAUCGAAAUGAAUUUAUUAGGUUUUGUAGAAUUUUUCAUGGUGAAGUGAGUGAAUAAUAGAUCUAAGAUUCAUCCGGAUUUGCAUGGUAGUAGGUAAAAGUGAAAGCUAAUAGAAGCGAAAAUGUCGGUUCCGGUGGCUACAGUGAAGCAGGAACGACACGAUGAUGCAGAAAUUAACGAAUUGGCCGCAAAAAUGAUGGAAGCGCAUAAACAACAAACCGCGAAAGCAGCUCUUCAGCAGCAGGUGGCAAGACCAUUGGCCGGUCAAUUGCCGGGUAUUGCUGGCAAUGGUACAAGUGGUCAAACGAAUAUUUUAAAUUACUUAACCAGGAAGCCUGGGCAACCCGUGCCCCAGUCGAUAGGUGCUACGACAAUUGCCCCGGUCGGAACUGGAAGUGCCCAAACUAAUGGCAAUGCUGCAAAGACUGAAGAUGCGAAUGGGGAGAAGAAAGCUUGCGAUGAGGAAAGCCAGAAGGGUCAUUUUGGAUGGGAGACCUUUCCCGGCAAAAUUCACAUUCCGUACAUCUUCCGACAGUCAGAAAGGUACUGUGCUGUGCGUAUGGUGGAGAUGAAACUGCUAAAUAAAUAUCUGAACUAUCUGCAUCAGGAUAUAUACAGCUGCACCUGUGUCAGGUCGUACUACAUUACAGAGGCAGAAAGCAAACUGUUCAACGAAAUUAAUACUAAGCAUUGUGACUUCCAGUUUGGGAGGGAAAUGUUUACGCUCAAAGACUUGGUUGUAAGACUGUCGGAUGCCUACAAAUUCUACCAGUUCCUGGAUGUUUGCUACAAAAAGCUGUUGAUGGGUUGCAGCACUCCGAACGACAAGUGUGGCUUUAUUCGCAUCAAUAAAGAAUCCGUAGUUCCUUACACCGUCAGAGAUCAUCAGAAGAUGGUGCCACUGUUUUACUUCGAGGGAGAGACUGAUAAUCUUAAGUUAAAAGCCGAUUACUUGUCGGGUUGGGAUCUGUCCUAUCUCAAGUUUUGUUGUAAAGUGCAGGGUAUUAGGAAUGAACUGUUUGCCAGUGACUCGGUGGCAGUCAUCAGUUUAACCGAUAUCAAGGGUUACUUCCCACCGGGGACUGAAUUCGAAGAUUACUGGCCAAGCAAGGUUGUGGAUUCUCAGCUUUUGUCCGGUCCAAAAUCGAACAAUACUGUCCAUUGGACAAGACAACCAGCACAACCUCCGCCCAAACAGCCCAACAGCAUGAUGAAUACCAUGGCCAAACAGCAACCACAGGUUCGAAAGGCUACAAACAAUAUGUACCAGGCACUGCAGCAGCAGCAACAAAAUUUACAGAAAAACAACGCUCAAAUGCCAAACAUCUCCGCAGCGGUUCAGGCACUUACAAACAACUGGAACCUGUCGAACCAUGCCAACAUGCUGUCGGCUGCUCAGCAGGAACAGUUACUGAGACUAUCGCAAGCACAGCAGGCCGCCCAGGCACAGGCGCAAAUUCGAAGUAUGCAAAACAUGCAUCCCAUGCAAUACAAUUCCUACAUGAAUCCCGCAAUGUCGAUGGCAUCGAGGUCGUCGCAAAAUCAAGCCGUUCCUCCACCCUUGGUACGCUCCUCGGCUCAGUCCCAGGCAGCUCACAUGUCAAGCAUGGCAGGAGCGGCGGCAGCAGCAGCUAUUUCGCAACAGCAGCAGCAACAGCAACAACAGCAACAGAAACGUUCGAAUGCCGUCGCCGCUAUGACCAAUGGUCGUGCGAACACGACGAUCACUUCGACCAACAACUACCGCUCGACGGCGGCUGCUCUGCAACAACAACUGCAGCAGCAACAGCAAGCCGCCGUGGUGGCCGCUCAACAGCAGGCCGCUGCCAUGAACGAUGGCGGCACCCGGCACGGUAAUGUGAUUAUGCUGCCGGAAAUGACCAUGGGCGGUACACCGUAUAAACCGUACGAGGUCGUGAAGAAACCGAUCGAGAAUAAAACCAUUUACUGCAUUAACAAAACUCCCUACCGCAAUACCGAAUAUCUGAUGACGAUCCAGGACCUGAAGGAUGUGUUUUUCCCGUACAUUAGCCUGGACGUGUGUCGGAGGGUGCUGAAUGCGCUUGAUAUUAACCUGUUUAUCGGAAAUAGUUUGCAGUACCAGGCUCUGAUGGAAGCCGGCCGAUCUAACGUGGACAAGAUGCCACUCGUCCAGGUGGUGGACGUGAUGCAGUUCAUGCCCCAGUUGCAGUACAUGGUUCGGGGUCAGAUUGGCCAAGAGGCACCGGCGAACAAACGGGCUCGCAUCAGCUAGGAAUUGGGGUGGGGGGUACAGCAACAGUGCCCUCAGAGCACAGUAGUUUCUGAUCUGAUAACAAGCAGUAGUGGCAUCACCAGUAGCAGUAUCCAUUCCGGUGGCAGUAGUAGUGUGAGCGCAUCCUGGAAUUUAACACCAACAUCACCUUCGGCGAGCGGCAAAAAGUCAACAUCAUCCUCAUCUUCAUCCGCCGGAACGCCCGUUUCGUUAGGUUCCACUUCCGCAGCCAUUGUUAGCAGUAGCAGCAGCGGUAGUGGUUUUUCUUCGCCGAACAAUCUGUUAAAUUUUGAUAAGAAAGCUCUCUCGUCUUGUCGAUAUCAGCAAGAAAAAGUUGAUUUUUAUCAAGACACUUCUAGUCGAAUGCUGGCACAAUCUUCGGCUUAUUCAUUCCAAGAAUCAGCAUUCGCAGCAGCUGCAGCGGCUGCUGCUGCACAACAACAGCAGCAACAGCAAGCCGCUGUAGCAGCUGCUGCCGCUCAACAAGCAGCAGCUGCAGCCGCCGCCGCACAACAACUUACGGCGGCCAGCAAUGCGGCCAUCUUCUCGCCACACUUUGCGUCCGGGUCAUACGCGACUGGUUCAAUGCAGGUCGGAUCAUACGACAGUUCCGCCGCCACCGCUGCUCGUUCUUGUGCUCUGCCGUCACCUACAAUUUAUCCGCCAACCCCCCCACCCUCAGCACCCUGGAUUCAUCCAUGGUAUAGCGGCGAUACCUUUUAGUCAGUAGAUCAUAACGGUUUUUGAAACUACUUUUUUAAACAUUACCAAAUCCUAUCCCCGAAACACAAAAAAUGUUGAAAUAAACUCUAGAUUCAGAAAUAAAUGUAGAACAUUUCCGUGAUCAAAUAUCAAACAAUUAGCAAGACUUACCACACUCACAAUGAUCAGAGAGCUCUGUCAUAUUCCGUACAUUCAGCACAAAAAUCGUCGAAAGCAGCAACACGAUCAAAAUCAUAAUCGCGUAAUGAAAAAAAAAUAGUAUUCAUCCGAAAACAUAAUAAAUGUUCGAACGCGUAACGAAACGCACUCGAACUUCUUCCACAGACCUAUUUCAAAGUCUCGUUCAUCGAUAAAAAUGUUAAACGAAUUUCCAUUCAGCACUUGUAAAUGUAAUCUUAGAAAAAAAUUAUUGACAUUCAGCAUCAUUAUAAUUGAGAUAUCGAAAACUAAAGUUACUACUAAUUGUAUUUUAACUCAUAACUCAAAGCAUAAGAAAACAAAACAACUCAUUCAUUUGUGGUAUGGUACAACAGUGACGAAGCAGCACGGAGAGUAAGGACCGCGAAUCCUUAGAAAAUAAAUUUCGCUUGGCAAAAAUAUUAGCAGUUAGCAGAUAGAAGAAUAUAGACGUAAUAUGAGCUCGGAACUGAAUAGACAAUGGCAAAGAUUCCCCUAUUUGAUCGAAGACGGAACUUAUUUUUAAGAGCAAUCGAUUGGCAAAAGCAACCAUGUCUGAAGCAAUUCGUUUUAACUUUUCCUAUUCGGAAACGUGUUAUUAGUGUAGGCUGUGGAUGCAUUCUCCACGAACAAUAGAAAGGAACCAGUCAGUGAGUCAAUCAGAGCUGUAUCUCUCGCAUCUAUUCGUUGGAUGCUUUGUUUUGUAAGUAGGAAUGAAAAAGUGUAAAUUUUAGUUGUUAGCAAUGUAUUGGAUUUAUUAGUUAGUAUAAGAGAAAAUGAGAAAAAUUCAUCGUACGAAUGAAAAAAGUCCCAGCUAGUUUGAAAAACUCAAACAAGAAGUUAAUUUAUAUUCUGUUGUAUAAAGCGUUUUGCAUACUAGCGAUGUUUUAUUCACGUAACAGAAAAAGGUAUCUAUAAAUUAUGUUUUUCCUUUUAUUUAUUUCUUGCUAUAUAGUUAUCAGGCACUUCUUAGUCGUAUGCUGCAAAGUGUAUACCCGUUGAAGAAAGGCUACUUGUUUAUAUUAAAUAUGUCCUACUAUCCAACAAACAGAAAAAUAAAGAAAAUACACUAUCAAUGUAACGUCAUUCUUCUGGUAGAAGAAUUUCGUAAUUCAAUGAAAAA